AUGUUGUUCUCUCAAUCCGUUGCCCUUUCCAUUUUGGCUGCUCUCGGCGCCAACGCUAUGAUUAUCCCCAACAUCGGUGAUGUGGUGGAUGUUUUCAAAAACACUGAUCUCUCCCAAUUCAAGGAAGAUGUCAAAGAAGAAGCCAAGAAUGUUGGUUCCACGGUUUCUUCUGCUGUGGCUGACUACGAGUCCAAAUUGUCUUCUAAGUUGGGCCCAUUGUUGCAAAACCCAAGAGAGCUCAUUCCACACAAGUACAUUGUUGUGUUCAAGAAUGAUGUGACUCCUGAAAGCGUGCAAUUCCACCAGGAGUGGGUUGCUGCUAAGCACUCCGAGCACGUUGCCCAGGCUGAUUCUUCCGACCCCUUUUUCGCCACCAUUAGUGACGCGAACAUUGAGGGUGGUAUCUCUGACGUGUUUGACAUUGCCAACUUGGUUACCGGUUACUCCGGUUACUUUUUACAGAGCACUAUUGACUGGAUUCGCCGUGACCCAGCUGUGGCAUUUGUAGAGCAGGACUCUGUGGUUCGUGCCAACGAGUUUGAGGUGCAAAAGGGUGCUCCUUGGGGCUUGGCCCGUGUAUCCCACAGACAGCCACUUUCUUUGAACUCGUUCAAUCAAUACUUGCAUGACACCGAAGGCGGUGCUGGUGUGACCUCUUAUGUGAUUGACACGGGUGUGUUCGUGGACCACACACAGUUCGAAGGCAGAGCCAAAUGGGGUGCAACUAUUCCUUCUGGUGAUGCUGACGUUGAUGGAAAUGGUCAUGGCACUCACUGUGCGGGCACAAUUGCGUCUAAGGACUAUGGUGUGGCCAAAAAGGCAAAGGUUGUGGCCGUUAAGGUUUUGCGUUCUAACGGUUCCGGAUCUAUGUCUGACGUCGUCAAGGGUGUCGAAUUUGCUGCCAAGUCUCACCAGGCUGAUGUCAAGGCUGGAAAGAAGGGUUUUAAGGGUUCCACUGCCAAUAUGUCUUUGGGUGGAGGCAAGUCCACUGCUCUUGACUUGGCUGUGAAUGCUGCUGUGAAGGCGGGUCUUCACUUCGCUGUGGCGGCAGGAAACGAGAACCAAGACGCUGCCAACACUUCGCCAGCUUCUGCCGAGUUGGCUAUCACUGUUGGUGCCUCGACCAUCUCAGAUGCGAGAGCGUACUUCUCCAACUAUGGUGAGACUGUGGACAUUUUUGCCCCUGGCCUCAACAUCGUCUCGACAUACAUUGGUUCUGACACUGCCACCGCUACAUUGAGUGGUACUUCGAUGGCAUCGCCUCACAUUGCAGGCUUGUUGACCUACUUCUUGUCGUUGCAACCUGGUGCUGACUCGGAGUUCUUUGUGUCCGAGAAGGGUGUUUCAACUGCUCAGUUGAAGAAAAACUUGGUGAGCUUCGGCUCCAAGGGCUUGUUGUCUGACAUUCCAGACGAUGGCACGCCAAACAUCUUGGCCUUCAAUGGUGCAGGCCACAACUUGACCAAGUUCUGGGGUGAAAGUGUCUCGGAAGUCUCCGUUGAGCCUGUUGGCAAAACCUCUGUGUUGGAAGGGAAGCUUGAGGACUUGAUGAGCAAAGUCGAGACUGAAGCUAAGGAAAUCGUCAACGAUGUGAUGGGUUUCGUAGACGGUGUUUACAAGAGGGAAUAA